CUGAUGUGACAGCCCAAUCCGGAAGUGAAGUACCGUCUCGGAAGAGAAAUGGCAGCUCACAGGUGUAGUCAUUUAGGAUGUGUGCUUCUUUUAUUUUUGUCCAUAAUUUUAGUUACACCGAGUCAGGAAACAAAUGUAGGUAAUGAACAGCAUCCCGGUGUGGCGGACGAUCCCCGAGCUGGGGCUGAGACUAAGCAAACGGCGGAAGAACCCGCAGCGGACGAGAGGAGAUGGGAAGAAACCGAAGUGAAAGAGUCGCAACAACAAGUCUCUGACACCGCUGAGCUACCUCCAAAAUUACAAGCGAAAGAGGAUUUCCAGGAGGAGUUAGUGAUCCGACCGCUGCAUUCAGGAGAUAUCUAUGCUAGCUUCCAGUUUCGCACCGUGUGGGAAACAGAUUUCAUGAAAGGAAAUAAAGUGUCUCACUACAGGCUGUUCCCAAAGUCUCUUGGUCAAGUUAUCUCCAAGUUUUCCGUGCGGGAGCUGCACAUUUCCUUCACACAGGGCUACUGGAGGACCAUGCAGUGGGGGCAGCCCUUUAUACCCUCUCCUCCAGGAGCUGAGCUUUGGGUUUGGUUCCAAGACUCUGUGACUGACGUUGAUGCCACCUGGAAGGAGCUGACCAACGUUUUGUCAGGCAUCUUCUGCGCUUCACUGAACUUUAUCGACUCCACCAACACCCUACAGCCCAGCGCUUCAUUUAAACCUCUGGGAAUAGGCAAUGUGACAGACCACCGCUUCCUCCGCUACGCCACCCUCCCUCGUGAAAUUGUCUGCACUGAGAAUUUAACCCCCUGGAAGAAGCUCCUCCCAUGUGGAUCCAAGGCUGGUCUCGCUGUCAUGUUGAAGUCAGAGAAGCUCUUCCACAGCAGCUUUCAUUCCCAGUCGGUGCACAUAAGGCCAGUGUGUCAGGACUGGCAGUGCAAGUCCCCUUCCUGGGAGCUGAGGCAGGCCCUGAAUGUCGUCUUUGACCUGCACACCUCCGGACAGAGCAAGCGCGAGUGGUCUCUGUUCAAGAUGUUCUCUCGGACGCUGACGGAGGCGUGUCCGCUGGCGUCUUCCAGUAAAAUAUACAUCGACAUCACAGACAACCCUCAGGAGGAGCAGUUUGAGCUGAGUCCAGCCACUCCUCUGCUGAGCCAGGCAGUGGUGCUCGGCGACAGACGCACGUAUUCCGUCUACGAUCUGACCCAACAAGUCACCUUCGGCACUGUGCGCUCCCUCAACCUGAUGAUUCGUUGGAAAUCCAGUGAAGGUGACAUGCUCCGCCCACUGCUUCACGCUGAGCGCUACGUGGCCGGAUACGGUCUGCAGACGGGAGAGAUUCACACCCUGAUGUACAACAACCACCCGUUCAGGUCCUUCCCGGUGCUGCUGCUGGAGUCUGUGCCCUGGUAUCUGCGCCUCUACAUCCACACACUCAAAGUCACCAGCAAAGGGAAGGACAACAACCCCAGCUACAUUCACUACCAGCCGUCUAAGGACCGCGAGCGUCCACACCUGUUAGAGAUGCUGCUCCAGCUUCCUCCACAUUCGGUUACCGAGGUUACCGUACAGUUUGAAAGGGCUCUGCUGAAAUGGACCGAGUACACCCCGGAUCCUAACCACGGCUUCUAUGUGGGGUCUUCAGUUAUCAGUUCUUUAGUACCAAGUACUGUUGCCAUGGAUACAAACAUCACUAUGGAACAACCACUUUUCAGCAGCUUUUUCCCGUGUAAAGAGGAGUCCAGCUACUUUGUUCGUGUCUACACGGAGCCUCUGCUGGUCAACCUCCCUACUCCGGACUUCAGCAUGCCCUAUAACGUCAUCUGCCUGACCUGCACGGUUGUAGCCGUGGGCUAUGGCUCCCUUUACAACCUCCUGACCCGCAGCUUCCAGAUCGAAGAGCCGAACCCCGGACUGGCCAAGCGGCUAGCCAACAUCAUUCGGAGGAUGAGGGGUGUGCCGCCGCUCUGAGUCUGACGAGUGACUUUUUUUUUUUUUGUUUGUUUUUUAAUCUGAAAAAAGGGGAAAUCACUGUAAAGCUGAGUCGGACACUGAUGUAUAUGGUUUUAUAAGGUCAUAAAUGCUUUUUUCCUCAAUUUGAAGAAAGAAGAUUCUAUUUGAUGUUAAUGUGUGUACAUUUUAUAAAACUUAUUUAAAUAGGGUUUUUUUUUCCCUAAGGAGCCAAUGUUCAAAUUAUGUUUUUUUUUACGUUAAAUCACCAAAGUUUAUUCAGAUCUUUACUGUGAGGAGGCCGAGACAUCCGUGUGUCAGUCUGAGGAAGAUAAAACGCCCUCCUGUAAAAACAUCUUUGCCUUGGCUCUGGACUGUUUUUGACUUGCUCAACAUCUUUCUGCCAGGAGAGAUAAGAUAAAAUGACACAAAGUCGCUGUGACUUUGUCAGAAUGACACAUUUUGAGGUUCAGGCCGUGAUCUUUACAUCGAGUUUGUUUCAGACUCUUAGAAAUAUUUUUUAUAUUCAGUUGCAAUCCGUUGUUCAUUUUUCCUCUUUUGUGUCUUGCACAGAUUGUACACUACGGUUUGCUUUAAAAGGAACAAAUAAAAAGAAAACUGACCUGGAGUUGCUCUCAUUAAAUAUUUCUACAAA